AUGUCUCAGCUAACCGCGACCUUACCGCAGCGUUUCGUGCUGGCCGAAAUCAUCAAAUCUAGCAGACUCGACGUUGAAACACUGGCCAUGUUUGUUCGAGACAACCGCAUCGAGCCGGACUGGUGGAACAUGCAGCUACCUCCCAGGCGGAACAUGAACCAAUGCGUGGAGGCGGCAGACCGUAUGGGUAUAGCCUCGUCGUUGAAGCGCAGGUCUUCCAACGAUUACACCGAGCACUCUUCCAAGCGUACCGCCACAGCAAGCCGACCCGGAUAUCCUCCCCCCGUACCUGUCCAACCCAACUACCCAUACACCCACCAACCCCCUGCACCUCCGCAUGGCGCCGUCCUCCCGCACCCAGGCAUGUCGGAUUACAGACAACGCCAUCCGGCAAUGCCGGUAGCAGACAGUCACCCGUCCUCCUCGAUUCUCGCCAUCGUCGCAUAUAUCAGAUGUACCUCCUUCCUUCAGCAACGGCCUCGCGCCCCUGGCUCCCAAGCGGAACACACUCCCGGCCCUGCUCAGCCCGGUUGUGACGGCCGCGAGACCCAUCACCCCACCGGAAGCCUACGUCUCAGCAAAGGGGACGCUGAGUAG